AUGCGUCACCCACAACUAAGACAUGAAAGUAUCAUUUAUGAUGUGUUGGCGGGAGGACCCGGUAUCCCUCAAUGCCAUUGGCAUGGUCAUCAUGAUAAUUUUGAUUGCAUUAUUAUUGAUUUACUAGGGCCAAACCUAAAUCAACUAAAAGAAGUAGUUCAUGAAUUUCCCCUGGAAGUCGUGGUUGAUUUUGGAUGCCAAAUGAUCUCUAUUGUGGAACACAUCCAUAAAAGAGGGCUCAUCUAUAGAGACAUCAAGCCAGACAAUUUCUUGUUUUCAUCCAAAUGUUAUUUACCCGAGCCGGAAAUGGUUGAAAUGCCUGAUGAUCAUGGUAUGCCACAUAUCAAAUACGUCUAUCCAAAAUGCCAGGAGGUAUUUGCAAAGUGGGGAGAACUGAAACCCAAAUUACACAUCGUUGACUUUGGUUUAACGACAUGGUGGCGCGACCCUGAUACGGAUAAGCCUUAUCCAGAGGCGAAAAAGACGAUUAAGAAUAAGACAGGCACAGCAAGAUAUGCGUCUUUAAAUGUACAUCGAGGCAAAACGCAUUCACGCAGGGAUGAUAUUGAAAGUAUAGGUUAUUUGUUGUUGGAUUUGAUGUUUGGUACAUUGCCAUGGACUGGUAUCCAGGCACGUAACUCGCGCAUGGGUUGGGAUAGAAUGCGUCAAAUCAAGCAGGAUACUUUUCUGGAUGAUUUAUGUGCUGGUUUACCGCAAGGAUUUUUGAAAUUCAUAGAGUACUCGCGACGAUUAAAAUUUGCAGAAGAGCCAAAUUACGACUUGUUGAGACGCUUUUUAUCAGGGUCCAUUCAUGAUGGCAAAUAUGCAGAGGUUGUAAAAUCUCCCUUUGGAGGCCAUACAGAACGUAAAUGGGUACAGGACAUCGAAAAGGAGACGUUUCCUGUCACUCGAGCAGAAAUGGGACGACCCAAUUCAAAAGUGAACCCUUUGGGCAAACAUUAUUACGAACUUGCACCCUUCCAAAACAUAACCUCUGCACCAGCAGCUCAGGAACAAGUACCGCGUCAAAGAAGAGCAUCUCAUCAACCCUUUUCCAGACCGAAGCACCAAUUUGCUCAACAGCAGCAGCAGAAUAAUGAUGAUGCAGAUGUAUUUGCUAUGGACGACCUAACGAACAAUUUACCCGACGACGUUGGCUCCAAAAUUUCUCAAAGAACGUCUCAGUUCAAUAGAGGAACUUACAACAAUAACAAUACCAAUAAUAAUAGCAACAACAAUAACAACAACAAUGGCUAUAGACUCAAUAAACGCCCAAGUCGUGAUUUCGGGAAAUCCAUUGGCGUCAACAUCAACAGCAAAAAUAACAAUAUGAAUAAUAACAAUAAUAAUAUUAACCAUACUGCAACUGAUGAGACAUUGGUAGGACCCUCCUCUUUCCAAAAAUUGCUUGCCAGAAAUAGAAAGCGCCACAGACGAAUUGGAUGGAAUUCGCAUAAGCAUGAUGAAGUACCUUGGCAGCCAGCAACAGACUGGGAACGACCUGAUAAUCCCGAUAUCAACAUCACCUACGCUUCAUGGGGUGAAGAUGACCCAAACGCAGGAUGGGGCGAAGACACGAGUAAAAAUGCUAGAGAUGCAUGGGGAAAAGAAGAGGAAGGAACAUGGGCCGCUACAGUGACGAAGCCAUGGGAGUAA